GUGUAUUAUUAUAUUGUUUGUUAUACGGUGAACAAAAGAAAUUAAAGGAGAAAAUGAAGAAAACAGAAAAAUCAUCGAAUGAUCCUCAUAGAGAAUUCUUGGACAUGGACUCGGAUGAAGAAGAGUUUAGUCGACAAGAAAGUCUGGAAACCGAAGAGGAACUUCUUCCUGAACCAGUUAAGCCAGUCUUUAAUGAACAGGAUUUGAAUAACUUGGUCUGUUACUUUUUUGAAUUUAUUAAAUUAGAUUUUCCAAUUGUGCAAUAUGUAAAAGAUCUUACGAUAUUUCCUUCAAUUAAGGAAUCCGAUUGGAAAGAUUGUUAUACAGUUGUGCGAGAGUACUUCGAGAAUCCAAUUUACGCAUUAUUAAGUAUAUAUUUCGAGAUGGAUACGUUAAGAGCAGGCUUAAGUGUUCCAGAAGAUGAUCAAAAUGAAUUUAUGUAUUUCUUGAGGACACCAUGGCAUGUGUUCACCGUAGAUAAUUUUCACGCUACAGUCAUCUACGGCAGUCUCAAUUGUAAUACGAUGAUGUGCGUGUUGAAAACAAUGGAAAAUAUAUAUGCACCUAUUGUACUCAACAGCAGCGAAUGGCCAGAGAUUAUCAGAAAUAAUUUAUUCUUCAAUUUGCAUAAUUUUCUAAUGGAUUUAACGGAAUGGAUUUACAAACCAUUGGGUUUGACUAAGCUUUAUGUCCCGCAAGAAAUUCUACCUGAUGUCACACUACCGCCGAAAAACGAAAAAUCGGAUUUAUCCGAGAAAGAUGGGCAAUAUAUUUCUAAUAAAUUGCGAAAAUCGGAAAAGGCACAGAUAGAUAGAUUUGAAAGGAUUGUACGAUAUUGGAUCAAACAGAUACGAGAAGCAUUAACGAAUAUAACGAGUCUAACUAGAGGAGUCAUUUUCGAUGAGUUGCAACAUUGGACAGCAAUAUAUUUUAAUCUGUGCUGCUUGCAUAAUCAGCUCUUGAGUGAGGAAAUUCAAUCAAUAUUACGUCUGUUGGAGAAUGUUCAUUCGCCGAGCGUGGACUCUUUUCAACUUUUGACACUACAGCUUCAUGAAAGAUUAGAACAAGCUGGAUCCAAUGUGACAUAUUUAAAUAUCUUAUCGGAUGCCUGUAACGAUUUGAAAUGCCCGAUUGAGAUCGAAGAACCUGUAACAAAAAUAUUGCUUUUGAUACUGUUUAUCUGGACGGAAUCUCCGUUUUAUAACAUAUCACACAACAUACAGAUACUUUGUGAAGCUAUAAGCGCUCAAAUAGUACAACAAUGUAAAAAUUAUAUCGAUUUACAAGCAAUAUUAGAAGGCGAAGCGAAAAAUGGAAUAAAUAUACUUCAGAAAUGUAUCUCUUGUUGCGAAACAUACAAAAUCGUAUACAGUAAAGUCACGAGCAUAACUGUGCACAUUGAAUCAAAUAGGGAUUGGCAAAUGAAUGAACAAUUCGUAUUUAAACGUAUCGACACUUUCACUCAAAGAUGUUAUGAUGUCAUUGAGAUAUACAAUGCUUUAAUCGUAUUUGGAAGGUGUAAUAAAGUGGGAAUGAUUGGUGGUACAAAGGGUACUGAACACGAAGAAUAUUGUCGUCGAAUAGAAAAUUUGUUUUACGAAAAUCUCGAGGAAAUCAAACUAGUUCGCGAUAACAUUUUGGACGUUACGAAUUCCACAUGGCUAAAAAACAUGCAAAAAUUUAGAGAAUCCGUGAAAGAAUUGGAAAAUAUGAUUGUAAAUCUGAUUGACAGAAUAUUUGAAGAAGUCCAAACAAUCGAGGAAGGUAUCGAAGCUAUUUAUGCUUUACAACGCUUUAAAUAUAGAGAAUCUUUGCGAGAUAUAUUAUCAACAAAAUGGGUACAGGUAUGGAAGAUAUUUGGUAAAGAAAUCGAAAGUUGUAACAAUAGCAUAACUUUAGGUGACGUAUAUCAUCCAUUGCUUCAACAUCACUCGGAAAACACAAUUACACUGUGCAUUAGUAAAUAUUUAGAACGAUUAUUCCACAUGAUGAUCGAUGCGUCUGACUGGAUAGGAGAAUGUGCAGCUCAAAAGUAUAUAUUGGAGCAAUAUGAAAAAGUAAAAAGUUCCAUUGAUAAUAAGCUACAGCAUAAUUUAAACUAA